AUGGAUGGUGAAUUUGGCACCAAGAUCAACAUAGGAGAAUUUGUAACAAUAAACCUAAUCUUGUGGGAAGGGAUGUAUUCAAGGAUAGACUCAGCAGAAAGGACAACAAACAGAAGUGAACAAAAAUCCAGCAGGAAGUUUUUAAAAAGUUUAAUAAGAAAGCAGCCUCAAGACCUUCUUUGUGUAAUUGGGACUAGAGCGAGUGCUACUGUAGUGCGAAUACUAGCACUGUGUUCAUGGAGGGGCUGCAUUGAAGCUUUCAUCAAAGCAGCUGAACAGUUGGAUGUGCUUCAUCCAGAAGAUGUUGCUGAAUUCUGCAAAAGGGUGAUCAGAGACAGACACUUGCUUGUAAUGGCACAUGAUCUUAUCAGAAAGAUGUCACCACGCACAGAUGACACCAAGCUCAACUUUUUCCAAGAUUGAUUAAUGGAGGUGUUUGAUAACUUGGAACAACAUAUUUAGAAUCCUGUUGUUCUGCAGUCAAUCCUCCGACUCAUGGAAAGAGGCACCGUGAUCUGUACUAUGAACUAUGAUUUACUUGAGAUUCUUGAUCAGCAGCAAGGCAAACCUAUGGAAUCUUUAGACUUGAAACAUAAGGAUAAGGUUCUUCAGUGGGCAAGAGGCCAUAUAAAUCAUGGGGUUCUUCAUAUUCAUAUUUAUGGCAUGUGUACUGAUCCCUGUGGAAUGGUGUUAGAUCCUUCAGGAUAUAAAGAUGUUACUCAAGAUCCUAAAGUAAUGUUAUGUGAGGUUCUUCAAAACUUGUAUCACACCAAAUCAUUCUUGUUUUGGGGCUGCGGAGAGACUCUGCAUGAGUAGAUAUUCCAAGGUCUCUUUCUUUAUACUGUAAAGAAUAAAGUGUAUUUAGAACAUUACAGGUUGGUGCCUAAAGAAAACAAAAAACAUUUUAAACUCCAAACAGAUAUGCUUCUUCAUGGAAUAAAAAUAGUGUCCUACGGGGAUUGCUUUGAAUAUUUCCCUGAUUAUGUCCAAGAUCUAACUGCUCAAACCUGCAAGCAGUGAAGUCCAGAUGCUGAUUGAGUGGACAACACAACACUAUUAGGGACUUCAUGUAAGGACUACACAAAGAGAAAAUUAGGAGAAAAUAGCACAAAUCCUUCUAAAAGAAUCAAACAAUCAGACAAUGGUAUUCUCACCACCUAA